AUGGGCGAACAAAAAGAUUUGCCGUUUCCCUACGAGACCAAGGAACUUGACCCCGAGGAAGAAGAACUGAUCAACAUUAAUUUGGGAUCAUUCCCGACAAGCUACGUCAAACUGGGGCCCAAGGGUUACAUGGUGCUCAAACCUUACAUGAAAGAUGCUGCGAAUAUCUACAACAUGCCUUUAAGACCCACUGACGUGUUCGUCGCCAGUUAUCAACGAUCAGGUACAACAUGGACACAGGAACUAGUUUGGUUGGUUGCAAAUGACUUGAAUUACGAAAAAGCUGCAGAAAUACCAUUAGUACAACGGUACCCAUUCUUAGAUGGCUUCAUGUUCUUUGAACCAGAAAAGAAAGAAUUGUAUGCAGACAUAAUAUCGGAAACAGCUGAUGAAAAUUUUGACAGAGAAAAAUAUAUACAGAUGAUGGAAUUCUUAGGUCAACCAGUGAGUCCGUUACUCGCUGCGGCGCCAUUAACGCAGAAACGGUUCAUCAAGACACACUUACCGAUGUCCUUGAUGCCUCCCACACUCUUGGAUACUGCAAAGGUGGUUUACGUGGCUCGAGACCCUAGAGACGUUGCUGUGUCUUGCUAUCAUCAUGCAAGGCUCUUCAAGUUGAUGGGCCCUCUCAACGGCUUUAAAAACUUCUGGGAAAUAUUCUAUCGAGGCCUCUUUACUUUAACGCCUUAUUUCGAACAUGUCAAAGAAGCUUGGGAGCAGAGACAUAACCCAAACAUGCUUUUCUUAUUUUACGAAGAGCUCUCAAAGGACCUACCGGCCAGCAUUAACCGUGUGGCAGACUUCUUAGGCAAAAAGUUGAAUGAAGAAGAAAUGAGCCGCCUCUGCGACCACCUCAGUAUUGAAAACUUUAAGAACAAUAAAUCCGUUAAUUUUGAGGAGAUGAGAGAAAUUGGCGUACUUGCCAAGGGAGAAACUUUUAUUAGGAAAGGUAAAUCUGGAGGCUGGCGCGAUUACUUCGACGAAGAGAUGACACAGCAAGCUGAACGAUGGAUCGAUGAAAACCUGACGGAUACCGACCUGCGUUUUCCCACUAUGAAAUAA